UCAUGUGUUAUCAAACAGUGUCACUCGAGCCAUCGUUACGACCAUUUCUACUGACAAUUUCCAAAGCAGUGAACAGUUUAUUGAAUUUAUUGAUCGUUACGUCGUCAUGGGAGUGGACGUACUCUCGGGAAAGGUCUUCCUCCUGAUUACCGGCGCCAGCCAGGGAAUCGGCAGGCAAAUCGCCGUGACAUUUUCCGGAUUACUCGAGAAGGGCUCCAAGCUACUGCUCCUGGCGUUGGAUGAGGGUGGGCUGAAGGGAACUGCUGAUAAAAUUUCCAAACAUGUUGCUGUAGACUUCAAGGAAGUUGAUCUAGCUGUUGCCACUGCUGAUCAACUCUCUGAGAUAAUAAAAAAAUCGAUUAAUCCAGCGCAGUUCGAUCGCAUUGUUAUCGUUCACAAUGUUGCAUCGAUGGGUGACUUGUCAAAACUCAGCACUGAUAUGGCUGAUUUCGACUACUGGAGGAAGUACUAUGAUCUGAAUGUCUUUUCUCCAGCAGUGCUCAACUCCGUUGUUAUGAAAUUAUUCAAGAAUGUUGAGUGUAAAAAAGUUGUUAUUAAUAUGACUUCACACGCUGCGGUUUUGCCGGUUAAAUGCUCAGGGUAUUAUUGCUCCGGCAAAGCUGCGAGGGAGAUGUUUUUCAAGGUCUUCGCCGGAGAAUACCCAGAGGCUAACGUCCUGAACUACUCCCCAGGAACCGUAAAAACCCAAUUAUUCGACACUUUCCGCGAUACUGUUGCUGAUGAGGGAGAGCAGAAGAAAAUUCACGAGAUGAUAUCCAAUGAUCAGAUCUUAACUACCGAACAAACUGUCAAUCGUCUCGUGGAUAUUCUCAAAAAUCAACUCUACAAGUCAGGAGCUCACGUUGACUACUACGAUAAACUGCCAAUAGCCUAGAUAUCUGUUAAAACAGAGAGUUGACAUUUUUCGUUCGGUUUUCAUGAUGAGAAAUAAAUAAAAUGUAGCACAAUUCAUGUCCUUCAAUUCCAAAAAAAUUUUUUUAUUGUAAAAAUACCGAAGACUUGAAUUUAUAAAGAUAUCAAUCACUUU